AUGCCGAAAGGCAAAGAGCAAUCGCACAAACGCGCGGAGCCUACAGUUCAGAAGCCCAUUACGAACUGGUUUGCAAACUCUUCCAGCCGAGAGGCAGCGGCAACCUCUAGCAGCGAGCCUACUUUGGCUGGCAUAUUUGGAAUAGAUCCCGAGGUAUUGAGAGAUAAGUUUGACCUAGAACCUUGUUGGCGGUACGACCCAAAUCAGAGGGAAAACUUAGCUUUCCUAUCGCCUACUGUGCUCCUCGCUGAUUUGAAAAUCAGAGAUGGCGGACCGAAAGACAAAGGUCCGAAAGAGAUUUUGUCGAGGGUUGCAAGAGAUGUCUUAGACCCAAAACAGACUAAACAUUACGAGCGUUAUUUUUUCUUCCAAGUACCCGAGCUACCUAGCACACACAUGGGGUACGGAUUGACAUCAGAAAAUAAGAAACAUAAAAUGGCCAUUACCGUGGAGGAAGCAAAGCUGUGGAGUGGAUAUCUUGACUUGGCGAAACGUAAGACAUCUGGCGAAGUGUUGCAUGAAAGCGGUACAUCAGAAGAACCCAUGGAAGUCAUCUAUCCAACACCAAAAGACACCCAAGCGUUUGAGUUUGAGAAAGGUGAUGCAGAAGAAUUGAUCGAUCCAAAAAAGAGUGGACUGAAACGUCCAGUGAAGGGAUCUUACUUAAUAUUUUUCUCAAUACUUCUCAUGUUCUACCAGAAGAAGCUGUGUGGAAGGGAAGACUCCAGAAGUGAAGGAACACAAAUCGGACCUAAUAAGAUCUCUGAUUUUCUUAUUUUUUGGAUUUUGCCUUACCUCCUUAAUUUUACUCAGAGGAAGGUUAACGACAUCACUAGUCACCACAAAAGGAUUAGUGAAGAGAAGGGUGAGCGAGGGUUUAAAUUUCCAAUUAUCCAAAAGUCUGCCAUGGAGAUCAUAGAAACUGCAUUUCAUUUCUCUAAGACUCCACUUCAAAUAUCUGGUUUGAUAAGGAGGAAAUUUAAGGAGUAUUAUGGAAAAGCUUGUGACAAGAAAUUCAACCUACCACAAACCGAAAAAGGUACCCCAAUACUUUUGGUCCCUCGAUCCUAUCAAGUGACAGACAUGCCUCUUGAACUGGAGGAUCUUGGAUCAAGGUGGAGAGACAUUGGUGAUGUUACUCUCAUGGAUCAUUUCAUAGAGAAGUUUGUAAAAAGCGAAGAGAUACAGAGAGAUUUUUUUGCUUCCUUUGAACAUGUUGAAAAAAGGUUUGGAGUUGACUAUGGAAUCAUUCUUCCAGAUCAAGAGACUUUCUCAGAAGUGAUAGAGCAAGUUGAAAGUGAUUUUCCCUCCACUUUUGAGCAAGUGCAAGAGCAAGGUCAGGACUUACUCUCACCCCGCCUUGGACUAGUCAAACACUCUGAGAGGAAUCGGUCUGUGUGUUUCUCCUAUUUUCCAGGUCUCCAUGUAAACACUGUAUUGAAAGGAGGAAAUAAACAAAUUGAAUUACAAAUUUUAAAAUUGUUGUCAGCGAGUUGACCAGUUUUGUUGGCAAGUUGACCAAUGGUGGAGGAAGGUUGACUUUAAAUUGGCUUGGCAGCAAAGUGAUAUAUUUACAAAGCCAUAUAUUCAACAUAUACUUUUUGUUAUCAUGACUCUUGCAUAAUUGUAUAAUUGAUAUUUAAGUUUGUAGUGGUUGAAAA